AUGCGCGGCCUCAUACUCCUCGGGGCACUCGCUGCGCAGUCCGCUGCAGCACCCACAGGCGAACUCUGGAACACAUUCUCCUCCUACCUGAGGCCGAGAGCCGCACAACCCCAAGUAAAGAGCGCCACGUACCUUGGCAAUGUCACGGACCCUCAAUUCAACAGAGACUCGUGUGGGUCAGUCAGACUCGGCAACCGAGCGUUUUGGACAUGUCGCGACACGAUGGUCUAUAAUGCUGCAACCGCGCAGAGCCAGUUUCCCAUCUACGUGAGCACAGCAGGCUGGACCAAUCUGUCCUCUUCUGGUGGACCAGCAAUCCGAGCCAGCGGUGCUCCGGUCGGCGCGGGUUCUUCUGGCAAGGGGCCCGUCUUGCAGAUGUACGGCAACAGCAACGUCAACAGCCUGAAGGAAUACUACACCCUGACGAGUUCCGAAUGCAACACCAACCAUGGCUUUUGCUCGGACAACUCGCGCUGGGCCAUCUGGCCGAACCAACCUCCUCUGGUCACGGCAAGCAAUAGCGCGGGAAGUGCCAAUGCCUACACAUUCAUCCAGAAGGGUCAUAUCCAAGGUCUCACGCCGUUGUAUCCCUACGAGCCUGCAUGCUCGCUCUACAAGACCAGCUACAGUGCCAGCUCGGCUAGCAGCUCUCUGCCGUCGGUCAGCCUGACGAAUGAGGAAUUCUGGAAGGCCGGCGAAGUCUGCUUCGGCUUCUACGGCGGCUUCGUCCGCAACGGCUACGCCUAUCUCUACGGCCGCGGCGACGCCUCCGGCGGCACCGUCCUCGCCAAAGUCCCCACGGGCUCCAUCGACAACCGCAGCCAGUACCAAUACUACAACUACACGGCCGGCAAAUACACCACGACGCUCAGCCCGACGCUGAUCAACGACACGACCGUCACGAUCCCCAACGCGGGCGCUGGCGGCCAGGGCACCUUCUACUACUCCUCCUACUACACGCAGUACAUCUGGAUCGGCCAGUCCGUCUUCUCCGUCGUCGCGGACUUCUACAUGUCCACAUCCCCCGCGCCGGAAGGGCCCUGGAGCGCUCCCGUGCUGAUUUUCCAGGGCACGAAUGGCGAUAAUCCGAUCGUGUCGAGUUACUCUCUGCAGGCGCAUACGAGUCUGUUGCCUUCGGGCAAUACGGCGUCGGAGAAUGGGAUCUAUGUGACUUGGACGAUGCAGAUGCAGAAUGGGCCGUAUGUUACCCCGCUGGUGUAUUUGCAGUUUCAGUAG